AUGAUUGGAAAUUUAGCAUUGCGCUGCAAGAAAAUGGCUGAUGGACAAAUCAUUUAUGGAUUCGAUUGUAGCAAUAUCGCACAUGUACUUAAUUGUACAACAGAUUCCAUUAACGAACCGUUCAUGCACUAUAUAUACAACCAUGCAUCACCACCAAUAAACAACACACAAACUCAAGCUCACAUAUUUACAAUGACGAAAUCAAAUAUUACAUUACCACUUCUUUUUACAUUCCUCACCUUAAUCGAUGUCUCAACAGGCGCAUCCAUCGUAUUCAACGUCGUUAGCUUCGGAGCCAAACCGGACGGAGUCACGGACUCGACGGCAGCAUUCCUCAAGGCAUGGCAAGCGGCUUGUGGCUCUGCAGUUUCAGCCACUGUGAUGGUUCCGACUGGUACAUUUCUGGUGAAGGGAAUAACGUUUGGAGGGCCAUGCAAGAGCAAACUCAAGUUCCAAGUGGCCGGAACCGUCGUUGCUCCGGCAGAUUACAGGGCAUUUGGAAACUCCGGCUACUGGAUUCUCUUCAACAAGGUUAGCAAAAUCUCACUUGUAGGUGGGACUUUCGACGCUCGAGCUAGUGGGUUCUGGUCUUGCCGGAAAGCUGGUCAGAAUUGUCCUCCCGGUGUUAGGUCCAUAACGUUCAACUCGGGAAAAGACGUGAUCAUAAGUGGAGUGAAAUCGAUGAACAGCCAGGUCACACAUAUGACCCUCAACGGUUGCACCAAUGUGGCCGUCCGAAACGUGAAGCUAUUGGCUCCCGGAAACAGCCCUAACACCGACGGCUUCCACGUUCAAUUCUCCACCGGAGUCACAUUCACCGGAAGCACCGUUCAAACCGGAGACGAUUGUGUUGCUAUCGGCCCUGGUACCCGCAACUUCCUCAUCUCCAAACUUGCGUGUGGCCCAGGUCACGGGGUUAGCAUCGGGAGCUUGGCGAAGGACUUGAACGAAGACGGAGUAGAGAACGUGACAGUAUCGAGUUCAGUAUUCACAGGAACACAAAAUGGCGUGAGGAUAAAGUCGUGGGCGAGACCUAGCACCGGAUUCGUCAAGAACGUCUUCUUCCAAAACCUAAUCAUGAAGAACGUCCAAAACCCUAUCAUCAUCGACCAAAACUAUUGUCCCUCCCACCAAGGUUGCCCUACCGAGCAUUCGGGGGUGAAGAUAAGCCAAGUGACGUAUAAGAACAUACAAGGAACAUCGGCGACACAGCAAGCGAUGAAGCUGGUGUGCAGCAAGAGCAAUCCAUGUACAGGAAUCACGUUACAAGACAUUAAGCUUACUUACAACAAAGGAACUCCUGCUUCUUCCUUCUGUUUUAAUGCUCUUGGGUCUAGUCUCGGUGUUAUCCAACCUACUAGUUGUCUAAACCGGUAAAAUCAAAAUAUUCUUGGUGUAAAUUUAUUUGGUGUGAGAUGAAAUAUGGUAAAAUGUUAUUAGGGGAUUGAGGUAUUUCCAAUUUAUUUGGUGUGAGAUUGAAAUAUGGUAAAAUGUUAAUUAGGGGAUCCAGAUAGUUUUGUGCCCAAUGGCUUUUGGAUAUCAACCGAUUGGGCUCAAAACUUAUUUUCUGUAACAAAGCCUAUGAACACGAGACACCAAAUUCUGUAACAUGCAAGUAUACAAAAUUAUUUAUUAAUAAAAUAUUGUUUAAGUGGAGG